AUGGAACAUCAAAUCCUCUCAUUUCCAGCUCUUUUCAGUUUCCUUCUUUUUCUUCUGGUCUUAUUAAAAGUAUCCAAGAAAUUAUACAAACAUGAUUCUAACCCUCCACCCGGACCAUGGAAAUUACCUUUCUUAGGUAACAUUCUCCAGCUUGCCGGCGACACAUUUCAUAGACGGUUAACAGAGUUGGCUAAAACUCAUGGCCCGGUAAUGAGUAUUAAUGUCGGUCAGAUUCCUUAUGUUGUCGUUUCUUCCCCGGAAACAGCCAAAGAAGUAAUGAAAAUUCAAGAUCCAGUUUUCGCCGACCAUCCGGUUGUCCUUGCAGCAGAAGUAAUUCUUUAUAGCCCAUACGACAUCUUUUUUGCGCCCUACGGAGAUCACUUGAAACAAAUGAGAAAAUUUUGCACGGUCGAAUUACUUAGCACAAAACGAGUACAGUCGUUUCGAUCUGUGAGAGAAGAAGAAGUUGCAGAUUUUGUAAAAUUUCUGCGUUCAAAAGAGGGAAGUUCUGUUAAUCUUACUCAUACUUUAUUUGCUUUGACAAAUUCUAUAGUUGCAAGAACUGCUGUUGGUCAUAGAAGCAAAAAUCAAGAAGGAUUGUUAAAAGUUAUUGAUGAAGCAGUUUUAGCUUCAUCAGGUGUUAAUAUAGCUGAUAUCUUUCCUUCCUUACAAUGGCUUCCUUCAGUCAAAAGGGAAAGGUCUAGAAUUUGGAAAACGCAUCGUGAAACAGAUAAGAUUCUCGAAGAUGUUUUGCAAGAGCAUAGAGCUAACAGGAAGGCGGCAGUUCCCAAGAAUGGAGAUCAGAGCCAAGCUGAUAAUCUUCUUGAUGUUCUUUUGGAUCUUCAAGAAAGUGGAAAUCUUGAUGUUCCCUUACCUGAUGCCGCCAUCAAAGGAACAAUCAUGGAAAUGUUUGGGGCUGGCAGCGACACGUCCUCAAAAACAGUAGAAUGGGCAAUGGCAGAGUUGAUGAGGAAUCCAGAAGUAAUGAGAAAAGCACAAGAAGAAUUGCGGAGUUUCUUUGGUGAAAAUGGAGAGGUUGAGGAUGCAAAAAUUCAGGAAUUAAAAUGUUUAAAGUUAAUUAUUAAAGAAACAUUGAGAUUACAUCCUCCAGGUGCAGUAAUUCCAAGGCUUUGUAGGGAAAGAACUAAAGUCGCUGGAUACGACAUUUAUCCUAAUACUAAGAUUUUCGUUAAUACAUGGGCAAUUGGAAGAGAUCCUGAAAUUUGGAGUGAAGCUGAGAAAUUCAAUCCCGACAGAUUUAUUGACAGUUCAAUUGAUUAUAAGGGUAACAAUUUUGAACUGAUUCCAUUUGGUGCAGGAAGAAGAAUAUGCCCCGGAAUUACAUUAGCUUCAGCUAAUAUGGAACUUUUCCUUGCAAACUUGCUAUAUCAUUUUGACUGGAAAUUUCCUCAAGGAAUAACAGCAGAGAAUCUCGACAUGAAUGAAUGUUUUGGAGGAGCUGUCAAAAGAAAAGUAGACCUUGAACUCAUUCCUAUUCCAUUCCGUACUUAA